GUGAAAACGGAAGUAAACAGAGCGCCCUGUUCAGGACUUAAAACAUCUGGACGGUGUGUUUGACUUAAUCACAGAUUUCCAGAAUGCACCUCACCGACACGUUCCGGCAGCAGACCGAGAGCAUCCUGCAAAUGGCAGCAGAGAGUGCUGUGUCCGUGAUCCUGAGGGAGCGGAAGGAGGCCCAGAUGGAGCGGGAGGAGGCUCGCCUCACCGCCGUGCUCUGUGCCAUGAGCAGAGAGGCCACUCGUCAGAUUGUCAGAGUGUUUGCAGAGCUGUAUGGAGGCAUGCUGAUGGAACAGCAAGCACUGAAGAACCAAGUCUUCAUGGAUGGCCCCACCCACUCCCUGGAUGUCAACCAAUCAGCAGCCAACCCUGCUGCGCUUGCUGCAGCCAUCCUCAGCUCAACCAAAUCCAGAAGACACAGAGGAAACACUCCAGUCCCUCUGGUCAUCAUCAGCCAGCCGCUGCCUGGACCAAUCACAGGCCAGAGCAGCCAGAGAGGUCCUGCUAACACUUAUGCUAAUGCUGACUCAACAGUGACGCCACCGGAUAUAACCCCUUCAUCACUCCAGCCUAUGACAUCACUUCCAAUGGUUAUUCACCAGCCAGUCAGAGAAGCCACAAGCCUAUUAGACACACCCACACAAACAGAAGAACUGGCUGAUGAUAUGAAGAUGGACAUUGUGGGACAAGUGCCAGAGACAGAUAGAGCCCUAAAGGAGGAGCUGGAGGAGGAGGAGUUGAAUGAGGAAGAGCAGAAGGAGCUGGAAGAGGAGGAGUUGAAUGAGGAGGAGCAGAAGGAGCAGCAGAGGAGAAGGAGAAGAGAGCUGUACAAAGAGAAGAGGUUCUUCUGUGAGCUCUGUAACAAAGGUUUCCAUCAGAAUCACCAGCUGAGGAAACACGUCUCUAGUCAUGUCAAACCCUUCCCCUGCAGCUCCUGUGACAAAGGGUUCUUUAAAGCCUCCGGCCUGCAGCGCCACCUGCUGUUUCACCAGCUGACGGACGCCAGGGAGAGUGACCCUGACCGCCUUCUGAGCUGCGACCAGUGCGACAGGAAGUUUACUCAUCUGCGUCAGCUGCGAGCUCACCAAGUGUCUCACCGUCUGCAGAAAUCUCCUCUGAAGUGUAACGUCUGCGACCGCAGCUUCACCUCAGCCGGCUCCCUCAGGUACCACCAAGUGUCUCAUGCCCAAGUGAAGCCCUUCAGGUGUGACGCCUGUGGCAAAAGCUUCACUCGAAAGAAGAGCCUCCAAGAGCACCAGACCAUCCACACUGGUGCCCGGCCUCACCACUGCUCCAUCUGUGGGAAGAACUUCUCCACCGCUGGGAACCUCCGCAUCCACCAGAGGGCGCACUCUGAUGAGCGACCGUACAAGUGCAGCGAGUGCAACAAAGCCUUCAAAUGUAAGAUGGGUCUGCUACAGCACCGACUCGUCCACUCAGGAGAGAAACCAUUCAUGUGUCAGACCUGCGGACUGAGCUUCAGCCUCAAGUACAACUUCCAGAGACACCUGAGGUUGCACAAUGGGGAGAAACCGUAUAGGUGUGAUAAAUGCGGCGAGGCGUUCACAGGUACAUGGGCGUUGAAGACACACAUGCAGAUCCAUGGCGUGGAGAAGGCGUUCAUGUGUGACCUUUGUGGGAAGACGUUUUUCUACAACUGUCAGCUGCAGAAGCACCAGCGGCUCGUCCAUGGUGAAAAAGUUCGAGAGCGGGUGGUGAAACGGCGGGCAACAGUGGUAAAACCGUUCGGCUGUGGGACAUGUCUGAAGAGUUUCAGCACCACGACGGCGCUCAAGACACAUGAGAAAAGCCAUGCUGAGAACAAGGAGUUCACCUGCGACACCUGCGGGAAGUCAUUCCACCUACGACACCUGUACCUGUACCAUGUAAGGCAGCACAGCGGCGACAGACCCUUCGUCUGUGGCGUCUGCCAGAAAGGCUUCCUGCUCAUGACACAGCUGAAGCAGCACGAGACGCUGCACACGGGCGUCAAACCGCACAGGUGUGACCAAUGUGGCAAAGCUUUUAGGACGUCACAGAAUUUCCACCGCCACCGCCUGGUCCACACCGGAGAGAAACCGUAUGAGUGUGCUGUGUGCAGCAGGAAGUUCAGGCAGUCCAACCAGCUCAAGGCUCACAUGCAGAUCCACACUGGGGUUAAGCUGUACACCUGUGAGCGCUGUGGCCGUGGCUUCUCUGAGUCCAGACAGCUGAAGAAACACGGCUGUGGAGACGAGAGUGAAAGGACAGACUCCGACAGCAAACGUCGAAAAGAGAAGAACCUCUUCCCCUGGUCAGAGAUUCACUGAGUAACAUCAGAACUUUUUCAUCUGGUCAAAGAUUCACGAACAACAGAAGAACUUUUUCAUCUAGUCAUAGAUUCACUGAGUAACAUCAGAACUUUUUCAUCUGGUCAAAGAUUCACGAACAACAGAAGAACUUUUUCAUCUGGUCAGAGAUUCACUGAGUAAUAUAAGAACUUUUUCAUCUGGUCAGAGAUUCACUGAGUAACAACAGAAGAACUUUUUCAUCUGGUCAGAGAUUCACUUAGUCAAAAAAGAAGAACUUUUUCAUCUGAUCAGAGAUUCACUGAGUAACAACAUAAGAACUUUUUCAUCUGAUCAGAGAUUCACUGAGUAACAACAGAUGAACUUUCUCAUCUGGUCAGAUUCACUGAGUAACAACAGAAGAACUUUUUUCAUCUGGUCAGAGAUUCACUGAGUAACAACAGAUGAACUUUCUCAUCUGGUCAGAGAUUCACUGAGUAACAACAGAUGAACUUUCUCAUCUGGUCAGAGAACUUCAUAGAGUUAACAGAGGACUCAAAGUUGCUUAAAAACAUUGGCAUGUCUACCCUGGUUCUGUCCACUGAUCAGCUGUUUUGUUUCAGAGAAAAUUGAUGGAUUACAGUUGAAAUAAAACUCUGAAAGGGUUUUGUGUUUCUUUAUUUUCAAUUUAAUGAAUCAAAGUCAGAGACGGUUUCACUGGGUUAACUAAAUGAAUAUUGACAAGAUUAAUCCAUCCAUACUCUCAUCCAUCCAUCCCUCCCCUGAUUCAGGUUGACUCCUUAUGAGCCAGAUCCAAUCACCUGUCCUCCCAGGGAUCUGUUCCAGGUCCUCCUGGAAGAUCCAGGGAUGUUCCCGGUCCAGAUGUGGAAUAGAAUCCUUUUAGUGAGGUCUGAGUCUACCUAAGUUCCCAUCUCUCAAAUGACCAAAAGACCACCAGAGAACUAAGGAGUCCAUCAUCCAUGUUCUGGUACCAGGUAGUCUCAUGACCCACGGUGCCCUAAACAUGGCGUUGUUGUGGUCCAGUCAUGACAAGCACCACUAGAGGCAUGUCAGUUUGGCUAAAGUUCAUAGUAUGUCCACUUUAUUUUGAAAGGUUUUUAAUGAGAUCAGAGUGUCUACAAGUAUUUCACUCAGUCACCUCAGGUAUGAUCCUGGUUAAGCAACCUAUGUCCAGGACUGCUCUGGCCCUUGAUGGACAUCAUCCAGGCCUUCUCCAGGACCAUUCCCUGUCACUCCAGGUAUCCUCCACAAUGCAUGCAGCCAUCCUUGUGGUCUGGUCCAGCCCACCAGGUACCCAGUAUGCUGUUAGCAGAUCUGGCCCCGGAAGGAGCACCAGGUGCCUGUAGAAGCUCAGCUACUGCUCCUGUCUCUCUUGUCUGACCUUUCCCAUCCCUGCUCUCCUGACCACAUCAACAUUAGCCAGACCAUAUUUUUUUAUCCACAUGUUACAAUGCUUCAUUAAUUUAUUUAUAGAGCAUUUACCAGGACUUAUAAUCUGGUUUCACUCUCUUUUUCUUAGAAGACUGUCCUUUCCUGAGGUCUUCCUUUUUUCUAAUAACAGCCUGAGUGAGUGGGAAUAUAUAUAUCCAUUAAUGCAUUUAAGUUGUAGUAAAAUAUAAAUGUGGUGUAAUAUAUAUGAAAAUGUAUAGUUUCAUAACUCCUUUUUCUGCUUUCAGGCUGCUCAUGCUUUCCAAAUAAAACUAGCUUAU